ACUUUAAGAGCUUCAGAAAAGGCGAAGUGAACAAGUAAAAAUGGUUUUGGUCACUGAGGUUCUCUCGUUUUGUUCCAGGUCUGUUCCAGCUUCUGCCCAGGGUCCCAGCGGUGCUGCAGGGGCUGCAGGGCCCCCUCCUGCCACCAACGUGUCCAGCAACAAGAGGCUGCAGCAGACACAAGCCCAGGUGGACGAGGUGGUUGACAUCAUGAGGAUGAACGUGGACAAGGUGCUGGAAAGGGACCAGAAGCUGUCGGAGCUCGACAACCGGGCGGACGCGUUGCAAGCGGGCGCCUCGCAGUUUGAGACCAGUGCAGCCAAACUGAAGAGGAAAUACUGGUGGAAAAAUUGCAAGAUGAUGAUCAUCCUUGGUGUAGUAUGCGCAGUCAUUCUCAUUAUAAUUAUAAUUUAUUUCUCCACUUGAAAGAGCAAAGAAGGAAGACUUGGCACAACCUUGUUCAUAUCAACCGACGGUAUCAGUGUUCCUUUGUUGAACUCCGCUUUUUAAUUCCCGGCCUCUCGGGAUUUUUGCUUGUAAUAACCCAUAAGCAUUCAGUGUGGUGUAUUUUGGAAUUCUGUUGUUUCCACAAGAAACUGUACCAGCUAAAUACUGCCAAGUAGUUCCAUACACUGUCUAAUCACUGUGUCUUAAAAUGUGUGCGCACUGACCUUCAGAAACUGUAGUAUAUGAAAAGCAUCUUAAAACAUCUCAGAAUCAGAGAAUGCAGCUGUGGGGAAGCUCCUGUUUAAAGGGACACUGGCAGGUGGAUUGGACCCAAACUUAAGGUUGCAGCAAACAUUAGCACCAAAAUUCUCAACUGAGCUCCUGAAGUUGGAUGGCAAAAUCCAUCGUCAGAUGUAUCUGUUGCUCCCAUUGAAGAAAAUGAUUCCUAUAAAUAUUCAUGUAAGAUAUCAUAUUUCAAUUUAACCAACCAAACACAGCCUUUUUUGAGAUUAGGCGCAGAAUCCAAAACUAAAACACUGUCCACAGAAAAUAAAUGAGACUGGUUUAUCAUCUUUUUAUGGACUUUAUUUUUGUCCCUAUGGAAAGCACCUCUGAACAACCAAGAUGGCCUCACUGUGAGAGCAACAAAAAUCUGUGAGAGCCAAAAAGCACCAGCUAGCACAGUCCUGGAAAAGCCAAGUGAAAUGCAGGAGUGGUAAUGCAAGCAUCACCAGUGACUCUUGCCAUUUGUCAGGUUUCAUGGACAUGAACUGGCAUUAUUGAAUGCCAACCCCAAUAAUUAGAGCCUGGUUUAAAGGCCAUGAGCAGCUCUGGUGAUGUCUGUGCCUGCCCAGCUGCCUCUGCAGCAGUUUGCAGAAAUGGUCCCCACUGCCAGGAUCGCUCAAAAACCAGGAACAAGUAGGGGGAACAGUGGGCAGAGGCUGAGAAAGGGAAGGGUGCCUAGCAAAGCUUUCCUGGAGAAGAGGAAGGAACAGAAACACUGUCCAAAGUGGUGUUAAUAGGGUUUAUAAAGAUAUACUUGAAUUUGUGCAUGUGGAUAGUUCAUAAACUAUACUGUCAUCUUUGUAAAGUGCUCAGCUGAGAGACCUAUUAUACUCAAUUAAUUUAAGCUAACAUUUAAUGUAAUUAAAAGAAAUUAUAUGUUGUGGCUUGAGAGAAAGUUCUUGUAUGCUCCUGUGAAUUUCUUGUUUCGUUUUUUUUAAAGCAGUGAAUAGUUUAAUCAUCCUUAACCAAACUAAAAAUUAAUUAAUCAAAUUUUGAGCCAGGAAAUUCAGGAAAGGGUCUUUUUAGGAUAACUCCUUCAGAAUUUCUAAGAAGAAUUAAUAGAAUUUUAAAAAAAAUAAUAGUUUGAUGGGUUGGGGUUUUUUUGUCUGCAAUUUAAUUAGGGAAUAGAAGCAGUGAUAAUGGAAGUGUAAAUAUUCCCACUGUGGAGUAUCUCUCCUGAUAUGGUUUUAGAUUAAAAAAAUGGAGAGCCUGGCCAGUUUGUUGCUGUGAAUCUAUACAUAAAUUGUGCAGAAGUAGAAUUUUGCAGAGAGAAUAAGUAAUGAUCGAUUGAAAGGUUCCAGCUGCAUUUCCCCCUAAGUAUUUAUCACUUUAUAGUCACGUGUCCUGCUUCAUAUCAUUAAGUCAUCAGUGGCCCCAGUCUUAAUGAAGCUGAAUAUUCAAAGUUACUAAUGUGAUAGUGGAUUCCCUGGUAUGCCCUGAUCACUUCAACACAACACAAACAAUUCUGAAAUCCUCAUGGGCUGGACAAAAAUCGUAGCAGCGAUGAGAGGCCUGACUCUGGAGGGGGCACAACUGAGGGCUGUGUAAAAAUGAGCUUGCACUGGUAGAGGAAUGAGCCAUCCAACUUCAGGAGCCAUUUGAACUGCUAAGAUAACUGGAUAGCUGACAUGAAGGAAUUCUCUCCUGAAAGUGGGACCCUGCCUCCCACAGCUGUGUUGGGCGUGGUGUCCCCAAAGGGCUUCUCCACCGAGCAGCCUCACGAGAUGGAGAUAGCUUUUGCUGGAGGUGGUGCAACUUCAGGAAGGUGAAAUGCUGACACUGAGCCUUAAUGCAGAUGUUCCUUCUCCUCUGGGAGGCUGAACUGGUGCUCAGCUGGCAGGACUGCAAACACACAUGAAAGAGUUUGAAUCCUCUAAAGCUCCCAAAUGAAACUGCAGUGGAAGUGCUACAAGGGUGCAAAGCUUGCAUCCUCCCAGCUAAUGUAGUUCCAGCAAGUUAAUAACCAAAUAAUACCUUCAGGUGAGAGUGGAGAAUAGGAACUGCUCUUUGUGGAAUGUGGACCCAUUCUCUCUCAAAACUGUAACUAAUGGGGAUGCCUGCUAAAUAUAAGUGAGAAUUUGCAAGGAAGAGCUAAGAAACCUGCCUUCUAGUGGGUUGUAGAAUGUUUGUGAAGAGACUGUUUCCUUCUGUGUGGUAAUGAAAUACGGUAAAUUAAUGUGUUUAACUUUCCAAAGCUGUUUGCCCAGGGUGUGCUGGUGAAUGCUCAAUGUUUGCUACUGCAUGUGCUGUGGUGGUAGGUUGUAAUUGGUGAGAUAAACUGUGUAACCUUUCUAAUUCAGGAAGCAUGAACAAGUGUGUCUUUCCCCCAUGCACAGACCCAGAGCUACUCUGGCACAGAAUAUGGUAACACAGGACUGUUCAGGGUCACAGAUUGUGCAAGAGCAUCACAUAUGUGCAGGCUGGUGCAGAGCACAAUCUAUACAAACACAGCUGGAGAUCUGAUUUGUGUUGAAGCCAGGAUUGAUUGUUUUCCACUCACUGCUUCUACAUUUUAAAUGCCCGUGCAGUUACGACUGCCUGCCUGUAAGUUUUCCAUGGCAAGGUUAAGUCAUUCUUGUUCAGUCACCACUGAUGAGAAUUUCAGCUCCUGCUCUGCACCACUGACUGCUGCCUCAGCUCUUGGGCUGGUAAAGCAUCACAAGAGGGCCCCUGUUUAGUGACUCCCUGGCAAACCCUCAGGGCACUCCUAGGCCACUGCUUUCUGACUGCUGCCUUGGGGACCAAACUGCAGCCUCUCCUGGCUGCAAGCAAUGCUUCUGAUAGCUUUAUCCAGAAACAGAUACUGUUUGAGGCCUGCCUGCUCCAUCCUCACAAGCAGCUCCUCCCCUGCUUUCCGGAGCCCAGCUGUACAUGCCAGGGGCUGUACAGCAGGAGAUGCCCUUCACACACAGCACAGCGGAAAGCAAGGGGUUAACAGCUGCUCCAUGCCUGUCUGUGCUGCUGCUUGGCUUCUCAAGGAUCUUCUCAAUGAUCCUGCAGCAGCCCCUGAGCUUGGACAAGUGUUGCUUGCACCCACCACCAACAGGUUACUGAGGUCCUGCUCGGGCAUUACACCUUCUCUCCAAUUCAGCUCACAGAUGUGGAUUUAAACCCCAAAACAGCAUUUGCACAGAGCUUGGCAGGAAAACUUAGUGUGGAAACCCUAAGGAGGUGCUUGACCUGAUCUUCACAGCAUUCCAUGACAGCACAGUCAAUCCAACAGAGUCAAACCUAAUCCAGUGCUCUUAGAAGAAGGAUGGGAGAAUCUGACAAGGAUUCUGAACCCAGGGCCUGUAAGACAAGGGGUGAGUUAGAAAUGUAGUCAGUUGGAUUUCUAAAGCUGGCACUUCCAUUCAGUUGGAAUCCACAUGAGGUUAGCCCCAGGAACAGUUUAGACAAGUAAAAUAUUUGGGUUUUUCCUUUUUAUAUCGUGAUCUGCAAUAAGUGACUUAAACACUCAGUGAUGGAAGAGCAGGACACCAUUGACUGUGCAAGGAAUUAAUUACAACAGCCUCAAUCUGCUGUGCUUUUGUCUGAGUAGCAAGACCUUUUAAAAUUCUACUGUUUCUGUCACUGCUCCUCUGACAGGGACCCAACUUUCAUUUUAUGAGCAGCUGGACUACUUCUUGUCUGAAUACCAAGGAUUUUAGCCCUUAAGAGCAAAUUCUUGACAUUGGUAGUAGAACAUACCUGCAAAAUGUGAUGUCUGCUUCUCAGAAGGGCACCCACCAUGGCAGAGUUAAACUUCAGGAACUUCUAGAAGAUCAAGCUCAACUCUUCCAUGAUUUUUCAUAGUGAAUUUUCUCUAUUCCAUGGGAGAUUAUCCACACAGAGGGAAUAUGCAUGAUCUAUUAUUUGAUUUUUAAGAGAGCACCUUGACUGCAUGUUGGUGGGAGACCUUCACCAAUAACCUAGGGAGCACUUGGGGUGUGAUCCAGGAUUUUCAUCUCAGCCCUGCUUCUCCUGCCCUUUAAACAGGGAAGUGAGCUGAACCUGCAGCCUCCCAGUGUACACAGUGAGUAUUAGAAAAAGGCCUCAAAGUCUCUUUGGUCUGGCUUUGCAUCCUGACCUGAACUUUAGACCUGUAACAGAUCAUAACCUUUGGGCCCUCUGUCUCGUCAGAAGACUGGGAUGCUCUUCCAGCCAGUUCUUCCUCACCUGAUUUGCUAGACAAGAAACUUCAAAGCCAGAGAAAGCACAAGCACCCUCAAAUUAGCUUCUUUAAAAGCCAAAUUAAAAGGCAGAAGAAAGUAGAUUGAAAAAAAUUAAUUGCAGCUAGAGAAAUGAGGCUGGAGGUUUCUCAAACAGUAACAUUAUUGUCAGGGGGGGACACUGGAUUGGGGUGUAUGAAACAACCAAAGCAGAACCUCACACCAGUUGUUCUUUCUCCAUCUGGUCUACUUCAGAAACACUUCAGGAAAGGAUUCAGUUUUCCUCUUCAGUUAAUUUUCCUUCCUCAAUUGAUUAAUGUAUGUCUCAAUUGAUGUGCUCAGUAGUUUUUCUACUCCAUUGAGAACCGUAAGACUCUCUGCCUCUAAACACAUGCAUAAAAAGAGAUCUGAGCCACCCAAGGAGUUUACCUUCCUUCCUGGUGCACUGACAUUUAAAAGCUACAUCUUAGAAUAAAGCAGAAAAACUGUGGCAGUCUGGUUACAUGCAGUUUUGGUGGAGUAAACACUUGAUUAUUCAACAGUGAGUCACUCCUGCAGUAACCUCAUUCUGUCAUGAGUGUAUCACAUCUGCUAACUCUCCAAAGCAAACCCAGAACCUGCACUGCUUUCAAACAUGAAUUCAGCCUCAUGGUUUGCACAUAACACUCUAUUCAACCAGAGAAGCCAUGUGCUACAAGUUUAAAAGGGCAAUGUGCUUGUUCUCAAAGAGAAAACAUCAUAGGCAACAACAGAGACAAUUAGAAAAAAACCUUCUCCAUUCUUUAGCUCUUCUCACAGUGUCUGGCUUAGCCAUUAUUCUUCAAGUCUCUCUCUGUUCUCUUAGAAAGCCACUGUGGUUUUGGAGCGUGGUGCAUUUGGAACACAGAACAUUGUUCUGCCCUCUGGGUUGUCUCCCUGCCUUCUGCCCCAGUGUCACUGCUGCCCUCAGCAGAGCUCAGGUGAGCCUUGGCUGAAGCAGAACCUCCUCCCCACAGUGCCCAGCUCUCCUCAAACCUCCACCCCCUGGCUGACAGCACCUGGGGCAGAACACGGCUCCUGGGCCUUCAUUUGGCUCAAAAACAUCUGACAUAAAAGAAGGCCAAACAACAGCAUUUUUGCUACACUACUUUAAAUUGGAAUUAUAAUUACAUUUAUUUAACAGUUCUUGUAACAGAAAUUUCAUUAAUUCUUUUGGAAAGAGAGGGAACACUAAAUAAGGAUAUUGUGGCGAUCACAAUACUGUAAAUUGGGAAAUGGUCCAAGUGAAAUAUUGCUAACAUUCAGUGAAAUCCUUUUUAUAAGUGGCUCUACCUAAGAGCACCCUUUUCAUAUUAAAAUUAAGCAGUGCUUGUCUAUUAAAUUCAAAUAGCUGAAUGAACUGUGACAGAUGGUAGGUUUUUUCUGGCCAGUGCAGGAGAUGGAUGGUGCAGCACUCCUUGCAGAGGGCACCAUUUGGGCUGUUCUAGCCCAGGACAUGGGGCUGCUGGCAGCUUCAGUCAAAUCAGCAUUUCAGAGUGCCUGGGGCAGGAAAGAUCCAGCCUGAAUGUCCUAGAGCAGUUUGAGCUCGGUAACAGAAUCUUUUUGACACAGCACGAUUAUUACCUGUGCCUGUCCACCUGUAAAUGGUCUAAGGUGAGGAUAAAAAACCCCUCUGUUGAAUCUCUUAUAUUCCUGUCAUAUAUAUGUGAACACAUGGUGGUGGUCUGAGUUCUUUGUGAGGAAAAGUUUAGAAGGAUUCAAUCAGUUUCUCCCCCUGAUACACUGCGGGUUUGUUUAAAGUAAAAUUAAAUAAUGGCAGCUGCAAUUAUUUUCUUUCUAAGAUGAAGGAUUGAGAUAGUGCAUAUAAUGGACCUACAAAUUCAUAGAUGCUCAAUGCAUAAUUUUUUCAGAAGUUUAGCUAUUAAUAUUUAUAUUGUUCAUCUGAAUGUUUGCUAAAAUUUCUUUAUUAAUGAAAGUAGUCUUGGCUGGAACUGAAAAUUCAGUGAUCAGUGUGACUACCAUGCCACCAGCAAGCUACUAAAUAAUGCAAGUUCAGCCUUUCAUGGAACCCAAAGGGAAAAUAUAUUCUGAUCCAAAGUAGAAAUGUAUGGCAAAGACUAUGGGUAUAAAGUUUAACCAUGACUUAUUUAUAUAUUAUUUAAGCAAUUAACAGCUAGAAAAAUAGUCAAACGCUUAGUUUCCAAAGCUUAACUAAGGAUGAAAGAACAUUUUUUUUUCCUCACUAGAAAAGCUAAUUUCAAUCUAUAUUCCAUCUACUUUUUCCCCAGACAAUAAAAUGCUAAUAUUGCUAUGACACACUCGCAGAUCUGCACAAUAAAAUGUUACGGAUAGUUUACUUAUCACUAAAAACAUCAUUAUUUUUGUAAAUGAAACGUCCUCCCUCCCCCAACCACAAAUGUGGUAAAAUAUUACUCACAUGAGGUUUAUCAGCAUCACUGAAAGAUUAGAAAUUAGCACCUCCUACUCAAGAGCAGGACUCAAAAAUAUGCUUUGUCUGUUGCAAAAAUACAUUCUGAGGGGGAAGCACAAACUGUGUAGAGGUUAAAGUUUUAUUUGACAGCUCCUAUUCUUUUUUCCUUCCCCUUUCCAAAGGAAGUGCUUAUAUAUGUAGAGAGGCAUUUACCAUUUGGGUGAGGUGUUCUCCUUCCAAGGAUGAAAGAGGUGAAACAGCCACAUUCUACUGUGAGCCACCUUUAGUCGUUUUGCAGCAUCAAAAGUCCUCUAAGUGGCAAGGUAUGAACUCUUAUUAUAAACUUGUUAUGCUCAUUGCAGGAAAUGAGUUCAUAGCCAGCUAAUUAGUAUUUUCCUUAACGACUUGUGCUUGAGUGUUAGCACAGAAGAGCAGCCUCUGGAGGUGUUUGUGCAAUCAAUUCUGCACUGCAGUAUCUCACACUCGCCAGCCUGGAGCGAGGAGCGAGGCAUGUCCUGGUCUGGAAGUGACUUCAACGUGUGCCCAAGCACACAGUGAAUUUCCAUUUUCUGUUUAACACAACGAAAAAAACCCUCAUUUGUCCUCGCUAAAUCCAGGCCUGGCAUGGAAUCUGUGCCAUGUUCUAAUUCAGCAGUGGAAAAAGCUUUCCUUUGAAUGAUAAAAAAUACUGGGGUGAAAAGGACCCUCCGGGGCUGCCUGGUCCAGUGUCCUGCUCGGAGCAGGGCUGCCUUUGGGGCUGGAGCAGGUUACACAGCUUUGGUUUUGAUGAGGUUUGAAAACCUCCAAGACCCACAGCUCCACGACAAUUUCUGUCAUUGGGUAUGUUCAGUGCCCUACCAAGGCUGAUGGAAGUGCAGGAAACACCUCUGUAAGUGCACGUGCUUUAUGGUUUUGCCUUUUUGUUCUGUUGUGCACUGAUCUGAUUAGAAUCGAAUUCAGACCUAGUGGAAUUAGGUGUAACCCACCUCUUUUUCAAAGAAUUCCCACUGAAAUUUUCCUUUGUUCUUGUUGCCAUUGGAUGAAGGCAGAUGUGAUGAUGCUGAGGACAUCAGUGCAUUCUCUCCCCUGUGUGAGUGUGUGAAGCCUGCUUCUCUGACACUCAGCCUGGAAUAGGCACAGAAGCAGACGCAGGACCUCUGCUGAAGUCUUGUUCUGUAUUAUCUGAGGUCAGUGACAAAAUCUGGAGUGGCUAUUAAGUUACUAAACUGGCACCAAAGAAAGAAGAGGAUUUACUGAGAUUACUCCUUCUCCUCACAAGUAACCUUGGCAAUGCCACACCCGUUUCAAAUGCUGAUGGAAUUGCAGUGCAAAAUAAAAACCUUUCUUCUACCUCUUUCCUUGUAAUUCUUCAAGCUUUACUUCCUGUAAUGGGAAUAACCAGAAAUAAGCUUUCAGUUGCCCUUUUAAAAGCCCAAACUCCAGACCAAAUCUCUAACUGCAUUCUUUUUAAGGCCACACCGUGGUGUUAAGCUCUGUAGUAACACACUCAGAAAGGACCUGAAAGUCUGUGCUGAGAACAGCAUCUCUCACCUCACAGACUCAGCUGUACUGAGCAAGGAGCUGUGAUUUGUGCCUCUACAGAAAAACAACCCAUUUGCACCUUAUUGGAACGAUCUGGAGAGGGAAAAAAUAAUGUUGUGGAGACCAGGACAUUUCUUAAAGUGCUUUACCUGGAGGUCAGUGGAAUUUCAUUUAUAAAUGAUAAAAUGCAUGUAUUUUGAUGCUGAAAUUGUGAUGACUUACAAAGUUUGAUAUUACUGUACUUUUCUGUGAACGGUGAUUUUUUUGAAGUGGUGAACAUAUUUUCCAGGAAUAUCGUAGACAUUUGUAACAUGUAUGUUUGUGCCAAUAAAUCUUGUUUUAAGAA